ACAUGUGUCAAGGAUGGCACAUUCCGCUCUCCUGAAACGGCGGCAGGCCAUGCACAAAGGAGAGAACAAGUCCUUGGCCAACUCGAUCGCAUUCAGAGAGCGCACGGUAUAUAAAGCCCAUUCAAUCACCACUCUUCCUCUCACCACCAAGAAAAGGAAAAUACAUCGUCUCACCGACGCGCCGAUCGCCAUGGCCUUGGCCCGCUCUCUCGCACCUCUCUUCCUCUUCUUCCUCCUUGUCUCCACCGCGCACGCCGCGCGGACCGUCGCCGACAACGUCCAGGACGCGUGCAGCAAGACGCAGUUCCCGAAGGCCUGCGCUGUCGGGCUGGCGACUAAGCCGGAGAGCCAGACAGCGAGCCCGCGCCGGCUGGCCGAGCUGUUCGUGAACAUCGUGGCCGAGUCGGGCUCGGGGAUGGCCGCGUUCGUGCACGGCAAGCUCAACAGCGCCAAGGACGACGCCUUGUUCAAGUGCUAUGACAGCUGCUCGGACGACGUCGAGGAGGCAGUGUCGCACCUGAAGGGCCUCAUCCAGGAGCCCACCGACGCCAAGUUCCUCGAGGUCAAGUCGUGGCUGUCGUCCACGCUCGGCGGCUCGUCCACCUGCGAGGACGCAUGCAAGGACACGCCCAAGAGCACCGACAAGGACGACGUCGUCACCAGGAGCCUCGAGUUCGAGAUGCUUCUGCGCAUCACGCUGGACCUCAUCACCGAGGCGUCAGGAUCCAUGUCCGCUGACAUCGCACUGCCGCCGUCGGAUGCCAGCGCGCCGUCGUACGGGGCGCCAUACGGGGCGCCGUCGCCGUUCGGAGGUUAUGGUUCGUCCGCAGACGCCCCCGCUUAUGGCGUUGACGGGCCAGCGUAUGGCGCCAGCGGGCCGUCCCCUGUCUCCAUGCCGGUGUAUGGUGCCAGCGGGCCUGGUGCCGAUGUUCCGUCGCCAUCAUACGGGGCCUCUGGCGCGCCGGCGCCAUCCGACGGGGCCUCUGACGCGCCGACGCCGUCGUCUGGCGACAGCGCUUCCGACGCCGACGCGACGGCAUGA